AUGGCCCUUUUUAGUCGGGAUUCUGCUCCAUAUCACGGUGCUCGCUUUUAUUCAGUGUCAUUUCCCCAGCAGGUCCAAUGUGCGGCCGCCAAGAGGCUGAAAUGCACUCCCUCGCUGAUAGGCGCGCUGCGCGCCCCGACGCCGUUCCGCAGCACUCGGCCCGGGGCGCAGCGCGGGGCGCGCUCCCGACGCCGGCAGCGGGGCCGCGCCGCCGCUCUGCCCCGCUCCGUGGGGCCGUGCCAGCGGCGUCACCGCUCCCGCUGCCCCGCGCGGGAGCUGCGCCGGCUCCGUCUCUGCAUCCGAGGGCUGCGAGCGUACUUUAGACCGAGCCCUGAGACCCGGGAGUUGAGGCGGGGGCAGUCUGGGUCCGUUUGUUUUGCCGAGAUAACGAAACAGAUGACCGUCCAGUGCCGCGUCGGCCAGGGGCAGCGGUGCCUGCGAGGGGUGCCCGCCCCGAGCCGAUGGGCCGCGGCUGCACGAAGCGUGCGAGCAGCGCUGCGAUCCGGCACGGGAAACGUGCUCCCAUCGCGGGUCUGCGCCGCUGGGGGACUGGGAGGGCAGCUCUGGUGUACCACAACCAAGGCCAUCGCAGAGGGUGAAGAGCUGAUUGCCUUUGUUGUGGAUUUUGACUCAAGGCUGCAAGCUGCUAGUCAGAUGACUCUCACAGAAGGGAUGUAUCCUGCCCGCCUGCUUGACUCAAUACAGUUGCUCCCUCAACAAGCUGCAAUGGCAUCUAUUUUGCCUACAGCUAUUGUGAACAAGGACAUAUUCCCUUGCAAAUCCUGCGGCAUUUGGUAUCGAAGCGAGCGGAAUCUGCAGGCCCACCUUAUGUACUAUUGCAGUGGGAGGCAAAGAGAGGGGCCUCAGCUGUCAGAGGAGAGUGAAGAUAGCGCUCAACAGAUAUCCAGUGUCUGCCCCUUUCCACAGUGCACCAAAAGUUUUUCUAAUGCAAGAGCUCUGGAAAUGCACCUGAAUUCUCACAGUGGAGUGAAAAUGGAAGAAUUUCUCCCUCCUGGUGCUAGUCUGAAAUGCACAGUUUGUACUUACACUGCAGACUCAGUGAUUAACUUUCAUCAGCACCUGUUCUCGCAUCUUACUCAAGCUGCCUUUAGAUGCAAUCACUGCCACUUCGGCUUCCAAACUCAGAGGGAGCUACUGCAGCACCAAGAGUUACAUGUCUCUGGCAACAAAAUUCAGAGAGAAAGUGACAUUGAACACUCUCCAAGUGGAAAUGAAGAAGGUUUACAGCCAGCAACGGACCUGUUAAGCAGAAAUGAUGUUCCCCAGGGCCAAAAGACCAUGCAGACUAAAGAUGCAAGUUCUGAUACAGAACUUGAUAAAUGUGAAAAAAAGGGUCCACUUUUUCUUCCAAACCAGAGGCCAGAAACACAACCUGCAACAAAUAAGCAGAGUUUUUCAUACACUAAAAUAAAAUCUGAACCGUCUAGUCCAAGACUUGCCUCAUCGCCAGUUCAGCCUAAUAUUGGUCCUUCUUUCCCAAUGGGACCUUUUCUUUCUCAAUUUGCUUUUCCCCAGGACAUCACUGUGGUUCCUCAGGCUUCAGAGAUAUUAGCCAAAAUGUCUGAACUGGUCCACCGACGGCUGAGGCAUGGAAGCAGCAAUUAUCCUCCAGUAAUUUACAGUCCUCUGAUGCCAAAAGGAGCUACAUGUUUUGAGUGUAACAUAACGUUCAAUAAUUUGGACAACUACUUGGUACACAAAAAGCAUUACUGCAGUAGUCGAUGGCAGCAGAUGGCAAAGUCACCAGAUUUUUCCAGUGUUCCAGAGAAAAUACCGGAAGCUGUAAGUCCCAGUAACGGUCAGAGCUCUAUAAGCAUCCUGAAUACAGCACCUCACGCAUCAGAUCCAGAGAAUCAGCUUCUGCAGACAUCUUGCAUAAACUCUUCGAAUGUUUUAGAUUUGAUUGGGCCAAACAAUAAAGGUCAUGACAAAGACUUUACAGCACAAGCUAAGAAACUAUCGACUGCAAGCAACGGCGAUGAGAAGAUAAAUGGUAAACCUUCAGAUGUGAAAAAUCCCAAUAAUCCUUUAGUAGAAGGGGAAAGUGAUCCUAAUAAGACUACAUGUGAAGCAUGUAAUAUUACUUUCAGCAGACAUGAAACGUACAUGGUCCACAAGCAGUAUUACUGUGCCACUCGCCACGAUCCCCCACUGAAGAGGUCUGCUUCUAACAAAGUGCCUGCCAUGCAGAGAACAAUGCGUACACGGAAGCGGAGGAAGAUGUAUGAGAUGUGUCUACCAGAGCAAGAGCAAAGGCCACCACUAGUUCAACAGAGAUUUCUAGAAGUGACUAAUCUUGGCAAUCCUUGUACAUCUACUCAAGAGUCAACAGAGAGCCUUGGAGAGUGUUACCAUCCACGAUGCGAUAUAUUUCCAGGAAUAGUGUCGAAGCAUCUGGAAACAUCACUGUCUAUUAACAAGUGUGUUCCGGUUUCAAAGGGUGAUACCCCCCACUCUACUGUAUCUUGCUUGGAGAUGGAUGUGCCAAUAGAUCUCAGUAAAAAAUGCUUACCCCAGUCAGAGAGGACGUCCACCUCUCCCAAAAGGCUGCUGGACUACCAUGAGUGCACAGUGUGCAAGAUAAGUUUUAACAAGGUAGAGAACUACCUGGCUCAUAAGCAGAAUUUUUGCCCUGUCACUGCCCAUCAGCGUAAUGACCUGGGACAGCUUGACAGUAAGGUGUUUCAAAACCCAGAAAGUGAAAGAAACAGCCCAGAUGUCAGUUAUGAAAGAAGCAUAAUCAAAUGUGAGAAAAAUGGAAACUCAAAACAGCCCUCUCCUAAUGGAAACUUAUUUUCCACACACUUAGCAACACUUCAAGGACUAAAAGUCUUUAGUGAAGCAGCCCAGCUUAUUGCUACAAAAGAAGAAAACAAACAUUUGUUUCUUCCACAAUGCCUUUACCCUGGAGCAAUAAAGAAAGCUAAAGGAGCAGAUCAGCUUUCUCCAUAUUAUGGAAUUAAGCCAAGCGAUUAUAUUUCUGGUUCUCUCAUCAUUCAUAAUACUGAUUUAGAUCAAAGCACAAAUACAGAAAGUGAAUCUCCUAAAAGUCAGGCUCCUUCGAAUGGCUGUGCUGUGCAAAAGAAAGAGUCUCUUCCACUAUUGCCAAAAAACAGAGGCAUGGUAAUAGUCAAUGGGGGACUGAAACAGGAGGAAAGACCUGCAGCAAACCCACAACAGGAGAACAUUUCCCAGAAUCCCUCCCAUGAAGAUGGGCACAAGUCUCCUUCUUGGAUCUCCGAGAAUCCCUUACCUGCAAAUGAAAAUGUCUCUCCAGCAGUUCCUACAGCAGAAGAACAGUUAUCUAGUAUAGCUAAAGGAGUGAAUGGGUCUAGCCAGGCCCCAAGCAGUGGAAAGUAUUGCCGACUGUGUGACAUCCAGUUCAACAAUCUUUCAAACUUUAUAACUCAUAAGAAGUUUUAUUGCUCGUCACAUGCAGCAGAACAUGUCAAAUGAAACAACUGGUCACCUCUGGUACCUGUGUUUAGCAUAUUGUUCCAUACAGUCUAAAGAAAGCUGUUUGAAUUACAUCUGGACAAUCAGGAGAUUUCACCAUUGCUGAGUUGAAGACUUAAAGGUGUAAUUUCAUUACAGUCCAUUAGUAAAGUGUAUUAUUGGUGCCAUUUUCAAAAAUAUUUAUUUAUUUUACCAGCAGUAUUCAUAGCUGUAGUUAUGUUAUUUUUUAUUUAAAAACUUUAUAUUAAAGUCAUUUGUAAUG